CACAGAUAAAACACAAUCAUUACUUUCCAGUAUAUGUCAAGAGCUUUAUUUAAUCAACAGAAAUUGGAAAUGUUAAAAGUCAUGCAACUAUUUUACUUUACAUUAUUAAUGAUGUUUCAUCAAACAGUUUGCUUACGGAUGAUAAGAGAGGAUUGUGAGCAGGAAGAAUUGUCUAGGUGUGCAAAACCUUUACAAUUACUUCAGACCACAACAAAUAUAACAUUUGAGCGUGAAGAGCUAGACAAAUUGUGUCCCGAUUUGAAUUCUGGUUUGCGGUGCAUCCAAAGCUAUACGAGACGUUGCAUGACACAAAUCCAACGUAACCAAUUUAACAAAAUUUAUCAGGGGACAACUGAGUUAAUUAAGGAUUUAUGUCAACCUGGUGAUUUUCAAAAAGAGUUUUUGAAGCAUUCAGCGUGCCUGCAAACCGUUCGACCACAGCAUGACAACUGUGCUGUCAGGUAUCGAGAGGAAAUGUCAUCAAUAUUUAAAGUAUCAGCAAAUCGCACCACACACAAUCAACAUCAGCAACAUAAUUCGAACAAUGAUGAUGAGAGUGAUGAAGAAUUUGUUAAAAUUGUAUGCUGUUCAUUUCGCAAAUACUUAGACUGUUCAGAAUUUGUAACGCGAAGAACAUGCGGAAUGGAAACGGGACUGUUCAUACGCGAUUUCAUACAUCGAAUGUCUGAUACGUUGAUGCGAAAUUAUUGUGAAGAGUACUAUAAAGGAUCGAAUCACUGUAGUAACGAAUUUUCAUCCGCAUCAUUGAAAAAUUCCUCGUCAGCAAUUUUAUUUACCUUUGUUGGCAUUAGUAUUGCAAUUCAACGGAAUAGUUGAAAAAAUGUUUUUAUUUUUUUCGUACCUGCUGAUGAAAGAGAUUUCCACUGAAAAGAGCUUCUGCAAAUCGUCGAGAACGAGCAAAAUAAAAAAAAUUGUUGAAUCCGAUUUGAAUGUGUUUUUUUAAAAGGAAAAAAAGGAAAAUUCUGAACAAUUUUCUAUAAUGAAUAAAUAUUUUUUAUCCCCCAGUGCUUUUUGGAUGAUUUUGGUACAAUGUUACAG